AUGCGGACACGCGCUGUGAAAGGCUUUAAAGCCCACACUGAGCUUAAUGCAGUAAGAGAUGGCCCGACGGAGCGCGAACACCAGAUCCCGGACCCUAACCGUCCCGGACCCCCACCUGACAACGACCCUGGCAGGACGAUUACAGUCCCUCCAACCAGGAGCACGGCGGAUCAACGCUUCACGUGGAGGCCUUUCCUCAUCCAGGACCCCAACCGGCCCGACGCCCCACGGAUCAUCCUCCGUAGGAUCCCAGCUUCAACGCGCUGUGACCCUGGGCGUUCACAUCGGCCAUCCACUCCCUCCUCUCCCCCAAGCUCCCCCCAAAGGCCAGGCAAGAGAAGUUUCUCUGAACCACCUGAGGUUCCCGGUGAGCCUGGAAAGGUAAGUGAGCCUGGAAAGGUAAGUCUAAAGAACAGGAGGCUUGAUCCGGAGUGGAGGAACCAGUUUUACAGCUGGUGGGGCAACAAGGCCCCUGGACCUCCAGGCAUUCAGGUAAGUCCACCUAAACCCCCUCAGGGACCCGGUGUGCCUGUAAAGGCAAGUCCACCUAAACCCCCUCAGGGACCCGGUGUGCCUGGAAAGGUAAGUCCACCUAAACCCCCUCAGGGACCCGGUGAGCCUAGAAAGGUAAGUCCCGGUGAGCGUCGCCUGCCGGAGUGGGCGAGGAAGGUGGGUCUUUAUCUGGAGAGGAGAGACCAGUUUGACAGCUGGCGGUGCAACAGAGACCCUGAACCUCCAGGUAAUGUUCAGCACCACACUCCAUAUCGGCACGUUUAUUCAUUUGAACUGAAUUUAGCUGACUUUGAAGUCACUUAUUUAGACUGAAAUGAUUGUGUUGAAUUAUUUAGAGUUUCAGUUGUAUUAGAUACAAGUAUUA